AAAUCUGAAAAAUCUUUUCAAAAAUCAAAUACAUUUAUUUACACCUAAAAAAUGCUAAAAAGGAAACACAAUCACAAAAACCUUUAACCAGAUUGAAACGACGAUGAUCAAGCAGUGGCACUUCCGAUAAUUCACAAGCAAACCGCGGGCAUUUCGCCAGCCCGGCCCCCUCCCCUACCCCAUCACAUGCAGCAAAUAUCCCGUCCCUGCCGGCCCAGGUCGGGUUCUUUUACCAUAAGCGGCGUCGUCUCGUGUUGACUCGCCGGUUAGAAAUCCCCCCCCCCCCCUCUCUCUCUCCCUCUCUUAUAAGUCCGCCAAUUUCACAGAGUGGGACUGUGAAAUAGACUGAGAGGCGACGCAUUUUCUUCGCUGUUUGGCCGAUCAUUCUUCUCCGCUCUCUGACUUCUAGCCAGAAAGUGAUGUCAGAGACAGCUCUUCGAGAUCUCAAUACAAUACCUGGAUCUGAGAAGAAGAAUGAGAGCUCCAGUAAAGGGAAUAUUACUAAACCUUACGUUGGAAAUGCUAAUGAAAAUCUUGAAGAAUGCCAAAAGAAAGACUCUGCCUCCUUGGUUUCACCUCAAAUUAAUGGUAAUGAGACCGCUAAAUCUGGAGUAGAGACUGGAAAUUCAGAAGUAGAAUACAUUGAAUCUGAGAACUUGAAUGAUUUAGAAGAUGUUGAUACAAGUCUUAAGACACUCUUAGCUGGACUUGAAUCUAAAGAUUGGAUUCUGGUGUGUGACGCACUCAAUAACGUACGCCGACUAUCAAUAUUUCACAAGGAAGCAAUGCUUGAUAUGCUGGGAGAUGUGAUUUCGCUGGUGGUGAAGUCCCUGAAGAAUCCUAGAAGUGCUGUUUGCAAAACUGCAAUUAUGACAUCUGCAGACAUUUUCAGUGCAUAUAAUGAUCACAUAAUUGAUUCAUUGGACCCUCUGCUAGUACAGCUUCUUCUCAAGUCUUCACAAGACAAAAGAUUUGUGUGCGAGGCAGCUGAGAGAGCUUUAGUAGCAAUGACUAAUUGGGUUUCCCCUGUUCUGUUAUUACCAAAAUUGCAACCAUAUCUUAAGAACAAGAAUCCUCGAAUUCGAGCGAAGGCAUCGAUGUUCUUUUGUCGAAGUGUUCCACGACUGGGUGUUGAGGGCAUAAAAGCGUAUGGUAUUGACAAAUUGAUCCAAACAGCUGCACCCCAGCUCAGCGACCAACUUCCAGAGUCCCGGGAGGCUGCUCGAACCCUUCUUCUGGAGCUGCAAACUGUAUACGAGAAAUUUCAUGACCUCAUACCAGAAGCUGUGUCAGAUCAUCCAGACACGGGCUCUUGGGAGAACUUUUGUCAGUCAAAACUCUCUCCUUUAAGUGCACAAGCUGUCCUUCGUGUGACUAAUAUUGCUCGGGAGGGUCUCGUAUUGGGUUCCUGAUACAGGUUAAUAUAGAACACAUAUGAUGAGAUUUAGUGAGUACUAUCCUCAUUUACCAACAUAUAUGAGCUUCGGGAAACCUACCCCACAAUUGCAGUUUCCUUGCUUUGAUUUGCUUUACUGUCCUCUUUUGUAAAUGCUGUGAACCAUUGAGAUGUUUGGAAUUGCGGUUGAAGCUUUUGUAGUUGAGCAGGAACUUUUAUGAUAAUUCCCGUAUACGGUUUACUGCUA